UUUAUAUAAAGCUAUAUGUAAACACGCGGAUAAAAUUUUUAAGACGUAAGUGGCGACAGAGAAUGUGUGAUUUGAAGACCGAAAAUGGCUGUCUUCAGAGUUGUAGUUAUAGUCUGGUAGAAGUUUUACCAACCUUGCUGCCUCUAUCAUGACCAACAAUGGCUGCAUUCAGGGCCAGUGUCGUGUUUAAAAUGCCUUUUCUGAUUACGUCUUGGUCCGUGGAUAUGAUGAACCAGUUUUUGUACCCACAUACUGUAAUUUUAUUUUCUGAUAUGAGAAACUGGUUUAUAGCAACAGGAAGUUGUAGUUUUGGCUAGUAAUUCUGUACGUAUUUCUCAGUUGGACGAAAAUCACUCACUGCAGAAUAAAUAAAUCGAAAAGGGGGAAUGAAGAAUAAAUUACAUGAUUGGAAACAACUUCUUUACCUCGACUAAUAUUGCUUCAGUGGUUAAAUAAAGAAUGAUGGGAUGGACGAUGCACGUAGUACGAACAGAGAUGCACGAAAUGCAUGUUAAACCAGACGCGAGUCCUAGGCGCAGGUGGCUGUUAGAAAAAAACAGGAUAUAAAGGUGAUGUGAAUGCCAUUGACUCCAGACAACUGGCAUCACUAGUGCCAUUCCAUAUUCUCAGAGUUUCUGUUUUUGUAGAACAAACAACCACCCAUAACUACUUACGAAUGAAGAACCUAGAGGCAAUAGCACAGAUAACAUGCCAGAACUGUUAUGCUGUGUGUGCAAUUUUUAAAAUGUUCAAGUUUGCAAACGACUCAAAUAUAUCGAUAUGUGCCACUGACUGAUCAACACCAGAAACGACCAAGGAAGAAAGUCUCCGUCUUCUUACAACAGAAUCGUCUAAAAUCAAACCUAACCUAACCUGACGAGGAAGAACAUGAACUCUGCUUUGUGAAAACAAGUUGUAAAUAUGAUUAUUGUGUUUAAAAAACAUUCUUCAGAUGGUUUGCUGGAAAGCUGCCUUGCAGAAGUGAUACAAAAUGCCACUGAAUUGCUUCACAAUGUGUUACGAGACAACAGAUAAAGCAGCGGUUCUUAACCUGGGGUCCGCGACGCCUACUCUGGGGUUCCGUGAUUGUUUACGAAAUUAAAUAAUUUUUCCCAGGAGAUUAAUAAAGUAUUACGUAAAAAGGGAAAAUAAGAAACUGAAAUUUUUAAAACAUCGCGUAACUGGAGGUUAAAAAAUAAGUUGGUACUCCUAGUUUGAUUCCUGAGAUAUUAACGGACGAGAGUAGGCUACAGCUUCCAUCAUCAGGGUGAUAAGUAAGCCAACCUAUUACUCGUAUUUCUAAUCCAACUUUUCCGUGCACGGUUUACUGUAGCCCUGAUGAUGGAGGCAGUAAGCUCCCUGCAACGUCGUACAAUAUCAGGGACUACACGGUACGACAUAAUACUCGUGCGAUAUUGUAACAGGCUCAACACGGAAUAAUUUCUUGAACGUUCAUGUAUUACCUACGUAGGAUAUUAUUUUCCUAACAUUGCCGGCACUGUUCAAUGUGACGUUUAUAAAGAUGGAUAUUGUGCGAAAUGUGUUAGAAGACGGACUCAUGUGAUGGCGAGGUUAUUUAUUUUCACUACAUUUUAGUUCUUUAUUAUUUAAGGCACCAAUGUUGAAUGCAACAAAAAAAUCCAUUUAUUUUGAAAAGUGCAUUAGUGUAAAUUUCGACGAAAAUUAAAAUUAAAUGUGAGGUUAUGUAUAACAGAUUCAUUUGACAAGAACAUAUUUCUAUGCAGUUUUGAUUCAUAAAUUGUGGACUGUAAUUGUUAGAACUAGCCAUGAUUGUCGAGAUUAGCUAAGAAAAUGAAUGGAGAUUGUGCAGAAAUGGAGCUACAAGAAAUUUUGCUAUAUAGUUCUCGUCAUGGAGACAUAACGAUGGUGCAAGAGCUGCUUUCUGCUCGGCGAGAUAAUAAGAUCGUUUUGGAUAUAAGCUGUAAAGGUAAGAGUAAAAGUAAUCUUGGUUGGACACCACUACAUCUAUCAACCUAUUUUGGACAUCGUGAUGUUGCAGAGGAAUUGUUGGCAUAUGGUGCUGAUAUCAAUGCUGUCAAUGAUGCAGGUGACACUUCAUUGCAUAAAGCAGCAUUUAUUGGAAGAGAGGAUUUAGUGCUAUUGUUACUUCAACAUAAUGCAGAUGUGAAUGUUGUAAAUGGCGAGGGUCAGACACCACGGGAUGUUGCCAAGCUUGAAGAUGUUACCAAACUUCUUCAUGCGGCCGAACAGACGGAAGCGCGUCGGAAGGAAGAACAUCUGCUGGCUGCCGCACGUGAGGGUGAUCUCGACACCUUGAAAAUUCUGCUGAAAGAUCAUCAUCCCCCGAACAUCAACUGUGUGGAUGCUCAGGGCAAUUCAAGUUUGCAUUGCGCGUCUUAUCGUGGUCACAAGGAGGCCGCGGUUUUGCUGCUGCAGAAUGGCAUUGACACUGGUGUCAGGAACACGAGAGGACAGACAGCAUUAGAACUUGCGCAAGAUUCACAGAUGCAACAAGUGUUGUGUGUUCGUCCAGUCAGACAGCUACAAAAAUCAGCCACAAGAUUUGAAGGUCAGCUACUUAAGAGAUCAAGAUUUCUCGGAUGGAAACCUAUAUGGGCCGUUUUAGAGCGUGGUGUUCUGACGUACUUCGGCAGUAGAGCGGAUGCAGCAUCGGGCUUUAAAAGAAAAGAUUUCAAAUAUUUAGACGGAGCAAAUAUUUUACCAUUAGAGUGUGAUACCUCUACUUUUGUGGUACGCUUCUCUGAUAGUGCUGUCCACAGGCUCAGUGUUGUUAACUACGGUGAGACUACAGGACAGAUCAGUAGGCAGAAAUGGAUCAAUGCUUUCACGGAGCAUGCGGCAUUCAGCACACAUUAUCUCACUCAGGGACAUGUGGAGUUUGAUGACAGUGACGAUGAAGACCGCCACAUUAAACCUCUUGGUUCGAUGCAGGAUUCCUUACAAACAGCUGCCGCACAUCACAAAGUGAUGGAGAGCCAGUUGACUGACAGUGUCGCCAUCGUUGAAGCGCUGUCGAAUAACAGCCUUCACUGUGAUGCAAUCACCGGUGCUGCUGUUUUGAGGUUUCAGCUCAUGUCAGAUACCGCAGGCAACAUGCUCCAGUCCCUUGGCCACUGUUUGUCGCUGUUUGAGCAGCAAGAAGAGGUUCGAGUUCUGCAACUGAAACAAGAACAAGAAAAAUGCAGAGUUCUUGAAGAAGCACUGAGUGUUCUUGCCAAAGAACACCAUGAACUAGAGCAGUCAAUGGCCUCACACCUGUCCACUAGUCCGUCCCUCCAAGAGCACCGUAGUUUAAUAAGCAGCCACCGAAGUCCUCGCUUCUAUGACACAUCUGAUGAUGAGUUUUAUGAUGCUUUUGAAGCUGAUUCUGACAGUGACACGCUGGUGACUGCAGUGUCUCCGACUUCGGACAGCGAUACGCUCGUCAGUUUUCCAUCCCCUGCAUCUUCGUGUGGCACCCUCGUGUCUGCCGGAGGGCAUGCAUAUCGCUGCGCUCGGGAUAACUCGGCCAAACCCGCACUUACGCGCAGACAUGUUGGAAGGCAUGAACUUCCAGUGCCUAUGUUUAGCCGCAAUGAUUUCUCCAUCUGGUCUGUUCUAAAGAAUUGUAUUGGGAAGGAGCUCAGCAAGAUCACGAUGCCAGUGAUAUUCAACGAACCACUGAGCUUCCUGCAGCGCAUGGUCGAGUACAUGGAAUAUGCCCACUUGCUAAGACGUGCGGCCGAGGAAGCCGACCCAAUUUACAGGAUGCAGGUAACAUUUUUGUUGGAAAACCCGAAGGAGAGAGACCACUUGAAAGACCUAGGUAUAGACAGUAUUAAAAUGGUUCUUGGGGUGGUUGUUUGGGUUAGUCUGAGGAUCGUGACCAUUGGUAGGCUCUUGGUCGUGUGUGAACAAGUUAGUCAUCACCCACCAGUAUCAGCAUUCCAUGCAGACUGCAAAGACUUCAUAUUCCAUGGUUCAAUCCACCCUAAACUCAAAUUCUGGGGAAAGAGCGUAGAGAUUCAGCCCAAAGGACAAGUGACUGUCGAACUUCCCAGGUGGGGUGAAGCAUACACUUGGACUAACGUAAACUGCUGCGUACAUAAUAUAAUUGUGGGGAAAUUGUGGAUGGAACAGUACGGGACGAUGGAAGUAACGAACCAUGUCACAGGUCUUCGGGCAAUCCUAACCUUCAAGCCAGCGGGCUGGUUUUCCAAGGACCUCCACCGAGUGGAAGGCUUCAUCACAGACAAGCACAAGAAGAAACUGCAUUUCCUUUAUGGCAAGUGGACAGAGUUCAUUCGAUGUACAGACAUCCCUUCCUAUGAUGAGUAUGUGCGAGAGAAUGCUCACAAAUUCAGGCGUGAUGGUGAUAAAGGAAAAGGAGCGACUCCUAAUGACAGUCCUUCCCAUACGCCAAAGAAAGUGCUAGCAAAACUCAACAGCUUCAAGGUUGGACCCUUCAAAUCAAAUUCUCAAUCUGAGGGGAGUGUAGAUGAGGGUUGUCCCAUACCAGAUGUGGCUGAAGGGGAGCUCCCCAAGUGUGAUUCCACAUACUCCAUUGACAUUCCCAAUUCAGUUACCUUGUGGGAAGCUGAUCCAAGACCAGACCGAAGUUCAGAGUAUUACCAGUUCACAUUGUUUGCCAUGUCCCUUAAUGAAAUGGAGGAAGGCAUGAAGAGCAAGCUUUGUCCUACGGAUUGCAGGUUUCGUCCUGAUAUUCGAAAGCUGGAAGAGGGUGACAUAGAUGGAGCUGCCGCAGAGAAAACUCGUCUUGAAGAGAAGCAGAGGGAUGCACGAAAGGCACGCAAAGGAAAGAAGGGCCUUGACUGGGCACCAAGGUGGUUUACACCUGGCACAAAUCCUCAUACAAAGCAAGAAGACUGGCUGUAUAGUGGUGGGUAUUGGGACCGAAAUUUUUCAGGCAUUCUUGAUAUCUUUUGAGUAUUUCUUCAGCGCUCAUAACUUCUGGAAUUUCUGUUUUAAACCAACGAUGGAACAGUCUUAUAGAUCCAUCCUGCUGGAAUGUUGUUAGCAAUAGUAAGUGGAAAACCUUUUGAGCUGUUGAACUUUGGUUGCUCAUGUAUUAAUUAUGUAGACAAGGAACAGUCUUUCAUGGGGCAGAUCACUGCAGAAGUACAGUAUCAUGUCCUAGAAGAUCAGGAUUUUUGUUAAAUACUUUGGUUAAGUAAUCUUGGUAAACUUAUAAUAUGUAAUAGUAUCAUAAUUGACUUAUGCUUGAAGUAGGAAUUAUUUCUGUUCUUUAUUUUAAUUUUGUUCAUUAUCAAUAAAAUUAUGUACAGAUGCAGUAAGCUGUGGAAUGUUUUUUUUUAUUACCAUACUAUUUAUAUAAAAGAAAAGCUGCCUGCUUGAAUAGUAAGGUCAUUGUCACUAAGGUCCAGUGACUCCUUCAUAAAAUUGUGCAUUGAUAUCUCAUCUUUCAGAAUAUUAGGCAAUACAGAAUUAUAAUUAAAAUGAAUUGAUAAUCGCUUGUUCUUAAGGAAAAACUGCAAUAUAUCUAGCUGUCUAUACAUGUGAUAUUUAAGGUGUAUAGCAACAAAAAUGUGAACUUAGAAGAGGACAUUUAUUAUCGUCGUUCUAAAUAAGUACCAUGCAGAUGGAACAGCAUUUUAUCUCUUCAAUGAACAGUGUGGAAAAAUUACAGUACAGUUCCAACAUUUUAAAUUCUUGUUUCUUUAUGGAAAAGUAACAGUUAUAAUAAAACAAUCUUAAAACCUUGCAUACCGUGCAGUGUUGAAUAUUUAUCUAAAAUAAAAUAAAACAGUUUACAAAGAUUUUUCCUGUACCUACACAAUGCACACAGUCAACAUUACAAUGUUCAUAAUAUUCACAUAAAUUUACUUUUUUUAUAAUUUAAAAUGGAAACGAGCAUGCUUGCACAAUCAAUUGCCCUGUGUGUCACAGUUUUUACCUGCGCAUUUAAAACCACAAAACUCACAUAUUUUAGUAUGUUCUUACGCGCAACAGAAAUGCCAUUUAUUUUUUUGUAGCUAUGUUCUGAAUGGAAUAAGUGAUGUUCAGUAUUUCCUGGUUUUUAAACCUCUUCCAUGUGGUUUAAGAACUUUUAUCUUCAGAAUUUUCUUCUGGUAUGAAAACAAAUUUGAGCUAUUAUAUCAACCGUUUAAAGCCAUAGCUCAUCUAAGUAAUAUUUGAGAAUUCGGUCUAUUUUGCAAAUAAAAUUCCACACUUCUGCAUUUCAAAUCGGUGGGUUAAUGCUGUUUAAGGAAAUGAUGUUAGUUUAUGCUGAGUAUCAUAUGAAACCCAUAAAUAAUAAAAAAAAAAUACAGUGUUACUUAUUGUUAAAGCAGAUGGUACACAGAGUAACCACUCAGCUUGAAAAGGUUAAUGUUUUAUUUUGCGAAGAUGUUACAGUGAUUAGAUGUCUAUGGAAAUGUAAGUAAUGUCUUAUUUACUGUAUAUAGAGCAUUAAGGUUUUCAUAGAAUUUAAUCAAAAUUACAAUCUGCAGGCUCAGAUUUUGUUAGCAUUUAAAGUAGUAACUUUGAAUGUGUUAGUACAGUUAUUGUAUAAACUAACUGAAUGGAGCAGGUUUCUUGUGAGAAGCUAAUGGCCGCUCAUCUAAUUAAAGAAAUUCCCUGCCAUUUAUGGAAUCUUGAGGUUCGUUGUUUUUUUUUUCUCACUAGCCUACCAGUCCUAAGCCAGCUAAAUCUAUCUGCAUCAUCGUCACCAUAUUCGUUGAUUAUUAAUUUUAAAAUUAGCCUCCCAUUUGAACCUGUAUUUCCAAAAUUGUAGUUUCCAUUCAGUUUUUGUAUCUAAAAUUUCUUAUACAUUUUUGAUAGCACCCGUGUUACGUGUUCAGAUCAGCUACUUGAUUUGAUUACCUUGUCUUCGUUAUCUAUCUAUGACUUUUAAGCUGAAAUAUACUAACAAAAUAAUGUUUCUUUACUUAGAAAUUAACAUGAAGGAUUGAAGAAGUGUAAAAUUAAGAAGUUUCUGCAUCAUUGUGACUUUAUUCUUUUCAAGUUUCAUUACUGUUAAAAUCUGAGAUCUGUGGUGGGGGGAGCACAUUUUUGUAAGUACAAUAAACUUCUGAAAAUUUA